AUGAUAAAGACGCAUCUGAAUUGGAUGAUCAACCGUGCACGAGAGAUAAGAACAACCAACCUCAAACACCCGGAUCAGGAAAAAGAUUGGGCCGUUACAACUGGAGAACAACUUCAAAACUACAAACAAGAAGAUUGGGAUAACCUUCUGAAACAUAGAUAUAUUGUUUUUGCGAGAACUAAUCCAGAACAGAAACUUUUGAUUGUACAAGAAGUGCGUCGACGAGGUGAAACAGUGGCUGUCACAGGUGGAGGAGUGAACGAUGCUCCUGCUCUUGCUCACGCUAAUGUUGGAAUAGCGAUGGGGUUAACUGGGAGUGAUGUUGCUAAGCAAACUGCGGAUAUCGUUUUGCUUGAUGAUAACUUUGCAUCAAUUGUAAUGGGAAUUGAGGAAGGACGUCUCAUGUUUGACAAUCUGCGACUCUCAUUGGCCUACACGUUUGCCCAUCUUUGGCCUGAGGUUGUUCCAAUUAUUCUUUCUUUCACUCUUGGACUUCCUCAUGCGCUAUCGCCUCUUCAGAUUCUAUCUAUUGAUUUGGCUUCGGAAAUGCCACCUGCAGUAUCUUUAGCUUAUGAACAACCUGAGCAAGAUAUCAUGCAUACAAAACCACGAAGUCGGGGUUCUCGUCUUCUAUCCAAGGGUCUUCUAAUGUAUUCGUAUUUGUUUGCUGGUACAGGAAUAACCAUAGGCUGCAUUAUAUCAUAUCUCAGUGUUUAUUGGUACCACAACAUAACUCUCCAGGAUAUUCUGUUCACCCAGGAGCACCACUGGAAAGUUGGUGCUGCUAAUUUCACAACAAGCCAAGGAGUUGUACUUGAUGAGCAACAACAACUUUAUAUAAAAGGACAAGCUGCUGCUGCUUGGCAAAUCUGUUUAGUAAUGUCUCAAGUUUUUCAUCUAUAUAACUGCACAACAAGAAGAGUCUCUGUGUUCCGCCAUGGCAUUAGUAACGUUGUGAGCAUUUUUGCCGUUAUAAUCGAAAUCCUCUUACUGAUUAUGUUCGUGUAUACACCUGUCUUCCAAUAUGUGAUGGAUAUUCACACUCCACCUAUACAUGUAUGGGCUUUCGCCCCAAUGGUUGGUCUGUAUCUUCUCACAUUCAACGAAGCUCGGAAGUUUUUGGUUCGAAACCAUUCGAAAAACAAAUUUGUUAAAUUUAUAAAAUGGUAA